AUGAGCGGGCACUACAACCUCAAGGCCCUCAUCAAGGGCAUCCGCUCGUGCAAGACACUUGCGGAUGAGCGUGCAGUGAUUCAAAAGGAGUCAGCCGCGAUCCGAACCGCCUUCAAGGAGGAGGACUCGUUUACGCGCCACAACAACAUUGCCAAGCUGCUGUACAUCCACAUGCUCGGCUACCCUGCGCACUUUGGACAGAUCGAUGACAUGAACCACUCCAACAUGUACGCCGUCGGUCUCGCUCUGUGCACCUUUGCCAACAUUGCCUCGGAGGAAAUGUCUCGCGACCUGUGUAACGAGAUUGAAAAGCUCCUGGGCAGCAGCAACUCGUACAUUCGCAAAAAGGCGGCGCUGUGUGCUCUUCGCAUCAUUCGCCGUGUGCCCGACCUCAUGGACCACUUUACCGACAAGACGCGUGCGCUCCUCCAGGAGAGGAAUCACGGUGUGCUGCUCGCCGGCAUCACCCUCGUCACUGAAAUGUGCGAGCUCGACGAGAGCAUGGCGGCCAACUUCCGCCCAGCCACGGGUCUGCUGGUCAAGCACCUCAAGUCGCUGGUCACCACUGGCUUCUCGCCCGAGCAUGACGUUCUCGGCAUCUCGGACCCGUUCCUCCAGGUCAAGGUCCUGCGCCUGCUCCGUAUCCUCGGCCGCGGCGACGUCGAGGCCAGCGAGGAGAUGAACGACAUUCUCGCCCAGGUCGCUACCAACACGGACUCGUCCAAGAAUGUCGGCAACUCGAUUCUCUACGAGACUGUCCUGACUGUCCUUGAAAUUGAGGCUGACAGCGGUCUCCGUGUCAUGGCCAUCAACAUUCUGGGCAAGUUCCUGACCAACCGCGACAACAACAUUCGUUACGUGGCCCUCCACACCCUCAACAAGGUUGUCGGCAUCGACACCAACGCCGUCCAGCGUCACCGCAACACCAUUCUGGACUGUCUCCGUGACGGGGACAUUUCCAUCCGUCGUCGCGCCCUCGAGCUGUCGUACGCCCUGAUCAACGAGAGCAACGUCCGCAUCAUGACUCGCGAGCUGCUCGCGUUCCUCGAGGUCGCCGACAACGAGUUCAAGACGGGUCUCACCACGCAGAUCUGGCUGGCGGCCGAGCGCUUUGCACCAAACAAACGCUGGCACAUUGACACUGCUCUCCGCGUGCUCAAGUCGGCAGGCAACUACGUCCGCGAGGAGAUUCUGGCGGCGUUUAUCCGUCUUGUGGCGCACACCCCAGAGCUGCAGUUUUAUACUGCCCAGCGUCUGUUCCAGGCUCUCUCGGCCGAUCUGUCGCAAGAGUCGCUCACCAUGGCGGCUGUCUGGAUCAUUGGCGAGUUUGGCGACGUUCUUCUCCAGGGCGGCACCGUCGACGACGGUGAAGAGGUCAAGCCUGUCACGGACGAGGCCAUCAUCGACUUGUUCGAGACUGUCCUCAACUCGCCAUACGCCGAUACCCUCACCCGCCAACUGGUGCUCACGGCCGCCACCAAGCUGUCCGCUCGCUUCACCGAGAUGCAGACCUCAGACAAUGCCGUCCAGCAGGGCCGCAUCGCCGAGCUCAUGGCAAACUACUCGGCCAACCUCGAGCUCGAGACCCAGCAGCGUGCCGUCGAGUUUGGCAACUUGCUCAUCCUUGGUGACGUCAAGGCCGGCAUCCUGGAGCGCAUGCCGCCACCCGAGAUUCGCGCCACUAUGAUGGGGACCAUCUCAGAGCGCCGUACGGUCGGCACAACGCGCCAGGACCGCGACACCACCGUCACCGACCUCAUCGGCGACGAGAUCAGUACCCCUACAACUCCUGUCAACGGCGCUCCCAGCCAGAGCGCACAGUCGACACAGGACCUGCUCGCGGACAUCUUUGGCACGUCCGACGCCAUGCCCGUGGCUGCUGCUGCUCCUGCCGCCGCCGCCGCUCCGCAGUCGGCCGCACAGGACAUCAUGUCGCUGUUCGACUCGUCUCCUGCUCCCACCUCAGCUCCUGCUGCUGCCUCGGCGUCGUCCUCCCUCUUUGACAUGGUCACCCCAGCCGCCGCCCCCGCGCAGCCGGCGCCUACACCGGCGGCUGCCGCUCCUGCUCCCCAAACACCCCAGCUGCAGACUUAUACCGCGUACGACAAGAACGGGCUCAAGAUCACCCUCACGCCAAGGGUGUCGGCGCAGCCUGGUGUCGUCCAGAUUCUCGCCCGGUUUACGUCGGCCAACCCCGUCACCGGUGUCAACUUCCAGGUUGCCGUGCCAAAGACACAGCAGCUCCAGAUGCAGGCCAUGUCCAAGACCGACGUCGGCCCCGGCGCCACCGAGACCCAGCAGAUGCGCAUCCUCGCGCCGGCCGGCGCAUCUAUUCGCCUCCGCCUGCGUAUCAGCUACAGCUUGGCAGGACAGCAGGUCACUGAUCAGCAGGACUUUGCGGGCUUCCCGGCCAACUUGACUAGUGGAGGCAAGUAG